AGGCUCACUACAUGCUAGGGCUUGCAUUGCUGCAGAGGCAAGAAUAUGCUGAAGGAGUCAAGGAAUUGAAAAAAGCAUUGGAUCUUGGGAGAUGUGCCAAACCUCAAAGUUAUAUGGUAGAGGAGAUAUGGCAGGAGCUUGCAAAAGCAAAGUACCUGGAGUGGGAGUGUGAGUCUAGCACGCGCUCUUGGGAAUUGCAAAAGUUGAAAGAAAUUUGUGAGAUUGCUCUGAAAGAGAAACAUGUGCUUGAUAUAUCACAUAUGGAAGGGUUUUUAGAGGAGGCUACCAAGUCCAAUUCAGAACAAUUGGAGGCUCUGGGACGUGUAUUCAAUAAGGCUGCAGAUGCUGACAUACCAGCUGGGGUACCUGACUAUCUAUGUUGUAAAAUUUCACUUGAUAUUUUACGCGACCCUGUCAUUACUCCAAGUGGGAUUACAUAUGAGAGAGCAGCGAUUGUUCACCAUCUGAAAAAGGUGGGAAAGUUUGACCCAGUCACGCGUGAACCACUUGAUUUGUCUCAACUGAUACCAAAUUUGGCUGUAAAAGAGGCAGUACAAGCGUUUUUGGAAAAACAUGGCUGGGCAUACAAGAUGGAUUGUUAAUUUGUUUAUUAUCGGGAGCUUAGGAAGAGUUGAUGUUGGUGUGUAACAUGUCAUGGAUAAAAGAGGCUGGCCAAUUACUGUUUCUGUGGGUUGCAACACAAAUUGGCAUUUUGGUGCAUCAUUGAUCAUGUCUGGUAUGUAAUUAUGUUGUUCCCCAACGGUGUUCUGCAAUGCCUUUUAUCAGGUUUGAGGUCCAUCGGUCUUUCCCGAACUGUAAAGUGUUAUAGUUUAUAACUUAUUUGUGCUUUGUACAGUUUCAUAGUGAAGCUUGCUGAGGGAUGUGUAGUGCAUGAUGGGAGUAUAGACAAGUAGUACCCUUCAACUAUCCUUAUUAUUAUUUCGUAUCCUAUUGCUUCCUUAGCUCAUUUAUUUGGAUAUCGUUUCAU